GAUUGACAACGAAAUAGAGCCUUCUCUAGUUCUUGCUUCUUUUGAAGAGGGUGGUCAUGACCAUAAUCCCUUGAUUGAUGCAAAGGCUAUUGCGGCAAAUCCUCAGGAUAUUGCUCCCCCACGAGAGAUUGAAGACAAUAUCCCUUCUCGAUAUAACCCUGAAGUCGAUUACGAACCGACUCCAUCAGUUAGUAAGGAUAAUUCGGACUCGCCUCAAAAUACGGACUAUGGAGCUCGUCGGAGAGGAGAUCAGCAAUGAGAAUCUUGUCGGUGAGGAGAUCGAUAGUGAUAAUCUCGCUGGCGAGGAGUUCUACGGCAAGGGGCUCAACGGCGAGGAGAACGACAACGAGAAGAUUGACGGCAAGAAGAACCGUACUGAAGGGUUCAUCGGAAAAGAGAUCUGCAGAGAGGAGCUUGUCGUCUAUAUAUGAGUUCGCCGGUGAGGAAUUCACCAGUGAGGAGCUCGCCAAUGAGAGG